GCGACUUGGCCCUUCCGGGCUUCCGUCAGGCUCGCCGUCAUUGGCUCCGUUGUGCACAGCUGACGGUCGCGCGGGCGAGGAAGCUUCCAGGAUGGCGGCGUCCGCGGCGCUGAUCUUGCCCGAGAGCCCCAGCAUGAAGAAGGCAGUGCCGCUGAUAAACGCAGUCGAUACCGGAAGAUUCCCACGCCUUCUCAUCCGAAUUCUCCAGAAGCUGCACCUGAAGGCCGAGAGCAGCUUCACUGAGGAAGAGGAAGAAAAGCUUCAGGCUGCCUUCUCUCUGGAGAAACAAGAACUUCACCUGGUUCUGGAAACAAUAUCCUUCAUUUUGGAACAGGCAGUAUACCACAACGUGAAGCCAGCGGCCCUGCAGCAGCAGUUGGAGAAUAUUCAUCUCACACAAGACAAAGCAGAAGCAUUUGCCAAUGCUUGGUCGGCUAUGGGUCAAGAAACGGUUGAGAAGUUCAGGCAGAGGAUUCUGGGCCCUCACAAGCUAGAGACAGUGGGAUGGCAGCUUAACCUGCAAAUGGCCCACUCCGCCCGAGCCAAGCUCCAGUCUCCUCAGGCCGUGCUGCAGCUGGGAGUGAGCCAGGAAGACUCCAAGUGGAAGAGCAAGGAGAGCAGCGCCCACUGUGAGGGGUGUGAGCUCCUCAGCCCGUGUGCAGAUUGA